UCAUAAAUUCUCAUUGUCACUUUGUUCUUUGGUCUUCGGUAGGUAGUCUAUGUUUAUGGCUGCUGACGGAUCAUGAUUUGAAGUGGGUAGAAGCUAAAUGUGUUAUUUUUGUGAUGAGUGUACCUGUUAUUUUUGAGAAUGCCCAUCCAGGCACCGCAAUGGACGGACUAUCUAAAUUGUCCAGUGUGUUGCCGCGAAUUUGGCGCCCCGCCACGGAGCCCAAUCAGCCUUGGAUGUGGCCACACUCUAUGUGGGCAUUGUCUUAAACACUUGCACAGGAAACAAUGCCCUUUUGACCAGACAGUUAUCCAAGCAGAGCCAGAAGAAUUAGUAGUCAACACAGCUCUGCUUCAACUUGUAGGAUAUACUCCUCCUACACAGCCAUAUCACCCACCCUGCAUACAAGCUCUGUCAGAACAUGACCGCCAAGCUUAUGACAUCAUUGUCCGAUGCCUUGAACAUCUCGCUGUCUAUCUUAAGCUUUGUGCAAGCAGUACCUCAGGAAAUAGGCUUUCAAGACCGAUGCAGCGGAAAUUGGUAACCCUUCUGCAGUGUGCCAUCACAGAUGAAGAAGGCAGAGGGCGAGCAGCUCGAUCGGCAAGGUCCCUUGGAGAGAGGACUGUCACUGAGCUCAUACUGCAACACCAGAAUCCUCAACAGCUUAGUGCAAACCUGUGGGCUGCGGUCCGAGCGCGCGGUUGUCAGUUUUUAGGACCUGCAAUGCAAGAGGAAGUCUUAAAACUUGUGCUUUUAGCUCUAGAAGAUGGUUCUGCACUUUCCAGAAAGGUGUUAGUGAUGUUUGUUGUCCAAAGAUUGGAGCCGCAUUUCCCGCAGGCUUCCAAAACUAGUAUAGGCCACGUUGUCCAGCUUCUUUAUAGAGCUUCUUGUUUUAAGGUAUCCAAACGCGAGUGUGACUCGUCGCUGAUGCAACUAAAGGAUGAGUUCCGUACAUACGACUCUCUACGGCGGGAGCAUGACGCGCAAAUAGUACAAAUAGCCACCGAAGCUGGGCUAAGGAUCGCUCCGGACCAGUGGAGCGCGCUGCUAUACGGUGACACGGCCCACAAGAGCCACAUGCAGAGUAUAAUCGACAAACUGCAAACACCUCAGUCGUUCGCGCAGUCGGUGCAGGAGUUGUUCAUAGCAUUGCAGAGGACAUGGGACCCGGCCCAGUUGGUCGUCAUGAGUAUGCACCUGGAUCGACUUGCGAACAUCGACUCUAGUCCAGAUGCAAAGAACCCAACCUGGCAGCAGUUGGCCGAGGUGAUAACAUCUAUCAAGGAAGUGGUCUCCGGUCUAAUUCACUAUCUGCAACAGCAGGCGACGUGCCGGGAUUCCAACCACAACCAGAAGCACAGCCUUCAAGUUGAUAGAUGCUGCGAGCCUUCCACCAGCCAACCGUCGCCGCAAAUCGCCACGACACCAACUCACAAAUACAAGACGUCCAUGUGUAGGGACGCUGUCACCAGGUCCUAUUGUCCUAGGGGUAAUGCCUGCACGUUCGCGCAUUUCGAGGAGGAGAUGGAAAGAUAUAGGGGCGUGGCCAACACGAAUGCGACGUUGACAAACGGCAACUACACAUAUUUGCCGUCAGUACAGUCCGUGCCGCUACCGCAGUUGCCUCAACCCAUACCACUCCCGCAGAUGUACCCGCGGUUCCCGAUGCCCGCGCUGCAGCCUCAUCCGCACAUCGACAACUACAACGUUCCACAAAUACAACAAACGCUGCCAACGCAAGAUAUUCUCCCGACUACAGAAUUCACACAUCAAGCUGAAAAUUCCCGUACCGAUUGCAUUCCACCAACGAACUACGCGUCUGCUAUAAUGCAUAACCAGACACCGAUUGGUAUAAAUCAGAAUGGCAUCAUAAUACCGAUACCGGAACGCCCAUACUACGGAAGAUAUAGUGGUGUACCUAUCCACGAUGAGAGUACAGGCAAUGUACAGUUUCCACGUCCCGAUUUCGUGAGCCCCGUUUAUCAGGUUCCCGCAAACUCUGGGCCGAUAACUGCUUAUCAGAACCAAGAACAAAGUAUACAACAGCCAAUGCAGAAUUUGUUUGUGCCAGUGCAACACGAAGUUCCAAGAAACAUGAGCCCCUACACAUUCGAAGAUCCAAUUGCAUCGGACCUUUUGCCCGACUACCGGGUCAAAGCGCCGGGUUUCACUUCCGUUCCUGUGGACCUUCGCAUUGACACUUGGCCUACCACAAACAAUGUUUAUAACUUCGAAGGAAUGAGAAACACUUUACCACACAUUCCGGCUGCCACAGAAGAUAUAUUCUCAGUGCAAAACGACCGCCGGGCGGUGGGUGCAGAUAGACUAGGGGUGGUGACAGACCGACACGCGACCAACAGUGAUCUCACCAACAGAGCUGAUGAUCGUGAAUUAGAAGAGGAACUUCAAGCUUUAGAACGUCGCAUCGACACGGAGUUCAAAAGUACUGAUUAAGCAUGUUUUGAGGUAUCCUUCACCAAAUAUUUAUAGGCAAAGUAGUUUUAAGCAAUAUGGUCAUCACAUUGCUUGUAUGGUAUAAUGUAAAAAAAGGUAUUAGUAUAUUUAUUUUUUUAUUUGUAAUAAUAAUUUUAAAAGUCUGUGAGAUUUGAUAUGUAAAUCUCAUUUAGCUUUGAUAAAAUAAUCCUAUUGUAUAAAAUAAAUGAACUGAUUUUCGACGAUUCAUGAAAACGUUUUACAAAAAAAAAUACAAUAUAGGAAUUGUGUCAACUUUUAAUUUGUUAUUAUAGCUGUUAAUGGACUUAUUAGAAUUCAGUGAAACUGAAAAAUGAACUAUUUAUUAAUUAAAUUUUAGUAUUAAUAUGACAUCACAUCACAUUAUAACAAUGUUGACAUACAAGUAAAUAAAAAAUAGACAUUCUUGGUGCAAAAUCAAAAUCAAAAAUUCAAAAUUCUGUUAGCAUCCGGCCGUUUCCAAUGGAUUUGUUAAUAUUGAUUUUGAUAAGUUAUGUAAAGAAAAAUGAAAUAAACGCGCGACACCAAAGAAAGUUCUUGAUUAAAUAGCGAUUUUAUCAUUGUUUAAUAAAUAUAUUGUAUUAGUCAACGCAAUUUAUCAGACAUGUCAUAAUUGUUCACGUACGUACCUGUACGUGAACAAUUAUUUUAUUAUUUAUCAUAAUAUUUUAGACAAUUUCAAUACAGACAAGAAAUUUUUACAGUUUUAAAUCAAUUAUAAUUUGUCUUAUAUGACCCCCUUAGUUUAGAAUAUAGUAAUUGUACAAUUUAAUCCUUCAGUGGAACUGAAAAAAAUGACUAUUUAUUUAAUUUUGUAUAAACUACAAUUUUAUAUUUUUAAAACAAAGUAAUUUGUAUAUAUAUAUGUGUGUGUAUGUUUUUAAUUGUUUCAUAAAUUUACUUUACACAUGUAAUAUUUAUCUACUCGUAUAUUUCAUCACAAAAAUACAUCACCAGAUAACAAAUAACACCACUUAGUAGUUAUUAGUUUUAGAAUAGUGAUUAGGGCCGUGAUCAGGAAACAGUUGUUAUUAAAUAACAACUAUUUGUAAGCUAUUACAGGACAAUAUCUCUUAUGAGACGUAUUUUAAAAAUAUUAAAAUAUCCUUCAGAACAGAAGUAAGAAACAGCAAACGAUUCAUUUGCUGCAGAAACCUUUGUUGACUUUCCCAUUAUUUACAGCUAAGUAGCAUUGCGAACGCGAUCCCUCCAUGAUAUUCGCCUGUAAACCCACAUCUCAAACGCCUCAAGCGUACUACACAUAUCUUGCGUUAGAGUCCAAGCUUCAACAUCAUAGAAUAAUAUAGAGAAAACUUAACAUCGAGAGAUACUCUUAUAUUGAAAUUGCGGUUGCCGAGAACUAUUUUUUUAAUUAAAUAAAGCAUUUCUUGCUUGUAUUUCCAGACUUAUGAUCCCCGGUUUCGUCAAUCAUACAUCUUCCAUAUUGUAAUACAAGUACAAUACAAGAUCUUCCAAUCUAGCUGCCAGUUGUAGUCUAUCCACCAAAGGGUGUACUGCAUGCUCGUGAUAAUCAAUCAAAAGUUGUAGGUAGGAAUAGGAAGGUAUAUGGUAUUGGCAUACGUUACACAUCACACAUUAAUAAUGGAAACUUUAUAUGUUAUUUUUAUAUUUUUCAAGUUGUUUUUGAGGCAAUGAUGACAAUGCCAUUGAAGAAGAAUGUUCACAUUUAUAUAAUUAAUGUGAUGUAUGAGUUACUAGUAUAUCGGUAUGUGAAUUAAACACAAUAACCUCAAUAGAGUUACAACAACUGUUUUUUUUUUUAAUAUUGAGUCUAUUAUAAAAGUCACAGUUCGUGCAUAUGCCGUAACAUCAGUGUUAGAGAUACCUGACCUGACCUGACCUCCAUACUGAGAAAGAGAUAGGGUUAAUUUAGAUUUAGAUAUAUUGAAGCUCUUAAUGGCCCUUGGCCGUUUUUGUUUUGGGUCUCCAGAACUUCUAAAGACGUUUCAUUGACCAUCUUGCUUCGAUUCCCGCUCUAGUUAUUGAAACCGCCAAGCAUAAUUGACAUUUAUUUACUUCCGAUACUUAAGACUUAGCAUUUACACGCGGAGUUCAUAAUAAUUAUUAUUAUAGUAAAAAAAUACCAACCGAUUGUAGCAAAAAUAAAGUGAUUACGUUCUUAAGGUCGUAGCUCACUUAAACGACAUUGUUAUGAUCCACUAAUCUUAGUAAGUUCACCUCGGAAUUUGAGAUACCUAGCUGAAUAUGUGUAUAAUUUUUGUAUUUUGGCUUUCUAAAAGUUGUCUCAUAAACUACAUAAUAUGCUAGGGUGUCCGAGUCUCUUAUUUAAAGACAAAGGUCACAAAAGGCGUUUUUUUUUUUUGUAAAUAUCUCAUAUCAUAUGGGAUUUUCGCAAUUUGUAUGUAUCAUCAAUGUUAUAGAACUUUAAAUUCCCUACAACUUUUGUUUUUAAUUUUUUCGUUUAAUAAUUUUCGAGCGCUUGGCGGGCUGCUCUAUUCUAUGUUUUCCCUGUAAAAUGUAUGAAUAAAUUGUACACAAUUGAAUAUUAAUUAUUUUACCGACAGAAGCGCUGUUGUCUCAGUAAACUAUGAACCUUAGAUUAUUUUUAUUUAACGCCGGUGUUAUGUCGAAAAUUACACUACAAUAUACUAACAUUUUCCAUUUACAUGACUGGUAACUUGUAACAAAUGUAAAUAGUUAACAAAAAAAUUAUUUAUACAACUCUGUUGAAAUAUAAGGCCACGAACGCAUGGAAUUUUAAAUUAUCAUCAUCAUCAGCCUGUAUCCAUCCAGUGCUGGACGCAGUGGCGUGCAUAAGGUUGUCGAUCAGGGUAUGCACUAGUAAGAAAAAUUAACCAAACUGGGUAAAUCUGCAUUUAAAAGUAUUAAGAAAACAUCUCUUAGGGUAUUCAGGACUUUAAUGCAUGUAUGAACUGCACGCCGCUGUGUGUGAAGUUUAAAUCAGCGGCCAUGUAUUAAUAUUCAAAAUGGGCCGCAUGUUUUAAAAAAUCGUCUAUCUUAUAUCCGGUAAGGUCUGAUAUAUGGAUAUACAUAUCCAUAUCAGGGCUUACUUCUUUUGACGACAUAAGCUUCCAUGCGUUUGUAGUCUGAUUGUAACCGAAGUCUGCCUUAAAAAUUUUAUAUCGAUAGACUAAACUCUGCUUCCAUUUUUUUCGCAAUCCGUUUAAAGUUUAGGAAAAAAUGAAAAGCGUGACGAAAUAUUGCUGUUUAAAUGGAUUAAAACUAUUAUUUAUUAUAUUAUCAAAUGUAGAAUAUUAUGUAGAUUAUAUACUGCUAAAUAAAAUAUUAUGCUCAUUGUAGAUUUCAACACCAACAACUUAAAACUGAAAUCGAAAUUUUCAGUGACUGUAGGUUGGGACGAUAUUGAGCUACAUUAGUCCCUAGUCAAGAAGGAAAUUACAUCACAUAUUUAAUUACUUGUAAUUUAGGGUUAAGACAAUAAAAUACUAUAUUUUUACAAAGUCUGCUUUAUUUAACGUUGAUAGUGAAAUAAAACGAUUAUACAUCACUGAAGAAGCUGCUGUACUCUCGUAAGAGUAUGAUGCAUAAUACUGUAAAAUAAGUUUCUUCUCUCUUCAUUAGGAGUUUAAUUUUAUUAUUAUUUAAUUUCCCUAGUUCCUAAAUAUUAAGAAUAUUUCCUGUAUCUUCAUUUUUACUUUUGAGAACCAUGCCAAAAUGGAUCUUCUUGUCACCGUUAGUUCACAAUCAAAUUAUUAUUUAUUGUAUUCAAUAAUAGCAUAGAGUAGUGUAACAUUCUCGUAGAUACGAGCUAUAAUAGUCAACUAAAGUGACGCUUACGUUUAAACAAGCAUCGUUUUAUGACUUUUAGUUUCAUAUACUUAUUUAUUUUUACUAUCGAGGUGUCGAUUUGAUGAAUUAUACUAAUGUAAUAUAACAUUUGAUUUGUGAAUCACUCAUUCCAGAAUAUGAAUUUUAUUAAAAUGUGUAAUGAUUCUGAUUAAUUGAUCAAUGAAAUAAUGUUUUAAAUAAAAUUUUCAAUUUAUAUUGAUUCAUUGUAAUUUUAAGUGUAAAAAUGGUCAUAUAUUAUUUACAAGGAAAUACAAAACUUUUAAGGUCUAAAGGUAGACACAUUAUUUACUUUCAUAUGAACCAAUGAGUUUAAUUAUAAUUAGACUUGCCGUCCAAAAAUGACUUUUGACUAUUGAAAUGAAAAUUCAUCACAAUACUCACGUGCUAUUUAUUUAUUUUUUAAAUUAUAAAUAAAACGAAUAAAAUCAACCUUAAACCUUAAAGAUAAAAUUGUUUAAGGCCGGCCGCAUACAGACUUUUCCGUAAUCGUUUUCGUAAUGCGUCAUUUCGAUUUGGAAUUCCGUGAGACUAACGAAUACUUCACGUUUUUCUUCGUUCGGAAUGUUUAUUGUCGCAAGGAUUCGUUACGUACGUGCGGUAUUUGUUCCGUUUAAAAACGUACAUGUGCGUCAUUUAAUGUAUAUUAUAUUGAUUUCAUGAAUUGAUUCGAAAUUAACGGAUUAGGAAAACGAAUACAGAACGAGUUAUGCGCCAGGCCUUAAAUUUGUAAUUGGUACUCUCGGACAGUAAUUAAAAUUAUCUUAGCAUUUAUGCAAUGAUGCUUCAGGUUUUAAAUGGUUUGAUUAACAUCAAAAAUAUAAAUGCAUAAUAAUAAUGAGUAUUAAUAAGUAUUCAGAGUAAAAUUGAAAAAUUUAACAAUUUUUUUUCUCUGUAAAAGUACCAUGUGUAUAUAAAUAAUAAACGGAAUUUUUUAGAUUAUUACUAAUAAUAAUCUAAAAACAUCCCGUUAUUCGCCAAUGCAUCACAUCACAUUUAUCAAUUUUAAAGACAAAUUAUAAAAUUGACGAAAUAUAAAAUCACAGGGUUUUUUAACAAUUUUCGCUGUAUCUAAUUCACGUCAUUCAGUAAUUUCGAAUUGACAUACGAACGGAAAGACAACAAUGUUGUUAAUUAGUUUAUUAAAUUCUUUACUAUUUCAUGACUCCCGCUUUAUUUUUUUGGUUAUUUAAAUGAACACUAAUACUGUUUUGAAUGUUGUAUUGUACUCGACGUACAGUAUAUGUUAUACAUAAUACGACUUGUAACUUGAGCUAAUCCUUAUUACGGUUAUUCAACAUGUCACUGUUACCGGUUUUCAUAUUUUCAUAAUAACGUCUUUGUUAUGCUUAGACUAUCUUCGGGUAUCUAGUAUAUUUCAAACUUGAUUAGAUAACCGAUUAUUUCAUGUUAGACAAUCAUCGAUCUCCUAUUAAAAGUGGAUGCACAAUCAGCGACCAAAAAACGUCCCCCACUCAAUGAGUGCCAAUCACAACUUCUGGCACUCAAUUCAAGUAGUCGCAUUUGCAAAUUCAACCUUAAACUCAAUACUUAAGGUUGGAUUUGCUCUGAAUUUGGGUUUUUCUUUUUAUAUUGGACUAUAUGGCUUUUAGGUAUAAUUUUCUUUGCUAAUAAUUCUAAACUGUCAAAGCAAAAUUGGCCAGUUUUUAAGUUACAUUUUCUACACGAUUGUGCGUCCUUUUAUUAUAAGAGGUCAAUGCAACAUAGCGUCAAAUGAGAAUUACGUCAAGUAAGUAAAUGCUUAUUUUUUCAUUUCAAGGCUCAGUUUCAGCAUUAAGGGCGAAACACAGGCAUCGCAAUCCGAAAUUGACGACAAUCAUACGAUAGCCGACAACUUGUAUAACCGCUUUUAAGUAAUAGCUCAUUCAUAUUUUAAUAACCUUCUUGCAUACUUCACAUGUUAACAACUUUAUUUUGUUGUACUGUCAAAUAGAUAGUUUUAAAACAGGUGUUGAAAUAUAUGGUAUAGAAAUUAUGAUAACUUUAGUGUUGACAGACUGUGAGUAAUGUUUAGAACCUCGUGUGUAAAACUGCCCCUAGUUUACUAUAGCAUAACAAAAUAAUAGAAUUCGGCCUAAGAAAGUAUUUCAAGUUAAACAAUAGUAUAGUUUUCCAAUGUCGUAAUUACUAUGUACUUUAUAGGUACCUACAUUAAAGAAAUACUGUGGCAAACAUAUAGAACUGAUAAUUUUGUUAGGCUACUAAAAUAUGUAUAUUUCAAAGCUUAAAGGCUUAGCUAUGUGAACAGACGACCAUGUACAAUCAUAGAGUUCCAAUAUCAUUGCUUGAAAAGGCCCAUGUCCAACAGAGGGCGUCAAUCCUGGUAGCUUCCAUAUACAAUGGCUAUCAUAUUCACACGCAUUUCUAAAUCGAUUAUAUUAUAUUUAUACAUUUGUAACUGAAAUAUAAAAUUUAAAUGUAAUUAAUUGUUUAGUAUAAAUUGUUAACCCCUCUUUUUAACGACUGGAACUGGUACACUGCAAACGGAUGGGUAAUGUUUUGAAUAUAUCUAUAGUAUUUAUUAGAACAUAAUCAAAAAUAAUAAUAAUUUAUAGCAAUUUUUAAAUGUUAAAAGAUGUUAAAAACUUCUUAAGCGUUCAAAAUGCUUAAGUAAUGGAACAACCUCCAAUUAUUGCGUAAGUAAUCUAAGUACCUUUCAUUUAGAGUUGUAGAAUUCUUUCUUUUUUCAGAUUAUCAUUUUAAUUUUUGAUUUUCAAUUUAGAAUCCUUCGUAAUCACCUAGAUUUAUUAUUAUUCUAAAAUUAUAAAAUAGGUAUAAAGUAUUGACAAAAACCAUUUAAAAAACUAUAUAUCAAUAUACAAUACUAAAAGAUGUCACAGUAAAUUUAUAGUUAUUCUUUUUAGUGUUUACUAGUUACCUUUAAUUGAAUAUAUCAUUUUGUUCCUGUUAGAGCAAUCUUUGAAUAGUAAUGUAACUAUUAAUAUUGCUAAAACACCAUUAUUUAUCAAAGGGUAAUGUAGACAUAAAGUAAUAUUUAAAAAUAUUCUUAAUAUUAUUCAAUUAGUUGAUAUAAGCUUACUAGUACUACUUUAUUGAUUACGGCAUUGGUUAUAACCUUAAUUUAUGCUAGGAAAUUUAUAAAUUAUGUAUUUGGUAUAUGGGGAGCGAUAUCUAAGGCUGGUGAUACAUCUAUGUAUUCUCUUUGUAUAGAGAGAAAUGUAUAAAUAAUGUAAGGCUGUAAAAUAGAUACAGCUGAGAGAUUCAACUCUGCGCCGUUACAUUAUUGUAAAUAUGCAUGCAAACUACUUAUUUAUAUUCGGAGAAAUAUAUUUUAUUACUAAAAUUGUAAUCACAACAGUUGUAACAUAUUUUUAUCACUACGAUAGUAGUUAUUGUUAUUUGAAUGCCCACAAAGGUCGUGUCCGAAGUGACAAGCAUCAUGUUAUGUCAGCAUAAUGACUAAUGCCAUAGUGGCAUAUAUGUAUUACUCAAAUGACUAAAAAUAAUAUACAUAUAUGUAUCUACAUACUCGUAUAGUAUAGUCCACCAUACUGGCCAGAUUGGCAGAUUUCACACACGCAGAGAAUUAAGAAAAUUCUCUGGUAUGCAGGUUUUCUCACUAUGUUUUUCUUCACCGUUUGAGAAACGUGAUAUUUUAUUUCGGAACGGAUUCGAACCCACACCCUCUGGAAUCGGAGGCAUAGGUCAUAUCACGGCUAUAUCGUACAGUGUCACUUCGGGCAUGGCCUUGUGUUUUUUGAUCUCAAAACAUCGAGUGUCGUGAAGUGAAUAGCCUGAAUGUCUCGCGACUGGGUUACUUGUUGAUCUCUGUGCAAUUAUAUGCUAUGUGCAAUAACUGGUACCGCAGGAGAAUUAUUUAUUUAAACAAGCAUUAGAGGUACCUCCUACAAUAAUUUAUAUUUUUUGAAUGGUAACUGUUGAUUGAUCAUAACAUAGAUUCUAUUGUACAGUAUCACAGACAGAAUACAAAAUGAAUUGUGUUAUUCAGUAAUGCCAUUAUACUAAAAAGAAAGAAAUUUUACGUUUGUGAUAUCUUUAUAACUAGUAAAUCACCCUGAGCAAAGAAUGCACGUUGUAAUAAGGGAAUCUUGCUCGGUAAUUUUAAUUCAAACUAUAUGUCGUUUCAAAUUUGAUAGUUUAGGAUAAAAUUAGAAAAAAUAAAACAUUAGUCUGGAUAACUUCAUAUAAAAUAUAACAAAAUGCUUUCUAAAUAAAAUAUCCAAAGCAGGGUUUUAAUAAAACUGACUCAGCUUCCGAAUUCGUUCAAUUCAGAAUCAUAAUUGAACAUCAUGAUCGUCAAUGUUACAGAUUUUUUAAUAUUUAAUUUAAUCCCUUGGGCAAUUUCAUUCGCAUCUCACUUGAUGGGAAACUUGCCCUUUAUGCAAUUAUAGACCUUGGCUUACUGCGAGCUUGAGUGCUAUUUUGUUAUUGUAUAAUAAAUACCAAAUUAGUUUUGGUUAUUUUUUUUUCCUAGGAAAAGUUACGUUAUUAUUUAUGGAGUGGUCUGUUUAAAGACCCGAGUAUAAUACUAGAAACUUACGUUUUGGGUCUGUGCAACCAGGCUGUGUAGAUUUUGCUUUAUUGUUUUGUAAAAAUAUAAUGAAUUGCACAGUUGCUCAUCAGUGUUCUUUGGUAUUAUGUGCAUGAUUUUUUUUGAAUAAUACAUCACAAUGGAGUUAUUAUUAAUUUAAUUCGUGAUUAGUUAUAUUUAUUUUAGUAUAGUUUUAUUAACAUUUUUUUUAUUGACAUGGUUUAUUUUGCUUACCAAGAUUAAUUUAUGCCUUUUGUAAAGCUUUGUUAUGGCAUCUGUAACAUGUUUUGACAGUGAUAUUGAUAACGUUUUUAAACGUUUCGACUGCUAUACUGCCGUGCCAUGACAAUACAAUGUAUCUUACGGAACAAUGUUUUGUCGUAACAUCUAAUAAAGAGUUCCUCGCACGUUGUUUACAUACGAGUAUACUGACAUUUAAAUGUUUUUUAAGACUCAAAAAAACCUUGAAAAAAUGCAUUCAUAGUAUACACUGUUUCUAGCAAAUACACUAAAAACAGAACUGCGAUUUCUCAACAAUUGGUUUUUUCAGAUAGUGUUUUGUCAUGACACGACAGUAUAGUUGAUAGCAGAAUCAGUGGUUUAAUUAAUAUAUAUACAUACCUCGCUGUUUAAGCAUAAAAAAGCUGAACUAUAUAUUUACAUAAUAAUAUUACAAAAUGAAGCUUCACAUAUUCGAAUCAAUUUAAUUAAGAUUAAAAACAAACAGUAAAAGCUCUUUAUAAGUGGGGAACGCAGCAAAUACAAAAACCGCAAAUAUAAAAAUCCAUCGGAUUAAUUACAAUCAUAAACAAUGCAAAGAUCCACUCAAAAAUACAAACGAUUUCAAAGUUAUCGUUCCAGCCCUUCUGUAGGACUAGGAUACGCGCCACGACAUAUCUGGAAUAUUUAUAGUCGACCAAUAGUGGAUGAACCGGAAUAAUCGCUCUUUCUUUCACCCUAUCGCAAGGAAAUAGGAGCGAUAUUUCCGACGCAGCGCUAUUUGUCGAUUCGUCGUCGUAGCGCUCAUCUUUGGCCAACUGAAGUGAAGAUUUCUGAUUGCAAUUAUUUCAUCCGCAAAUAAGGAGCUUUGACUUUUCUAGAGCAAGCUUUUAUCGGUACAUGUCGCUGAAUUUAUGUUGUAUAUUUCACUCUACACUGGUGGAGAGAGAGCUAUAUAGACAAGUUGUCGCAAACAUGAAAUUCAUAUCAAGUAUUUUUAGAUGUUAGCGACUUGCGGCACAUUUAAUCCGGCGUCGGGUUGCGUCUUUCAGUUUUAUUUUUAUAGAUUUUUAUUGGUGGCACAGUGUCGCUGAUCGAAUGUCAAUGUUUGCAUUUGUUUAAGAAUGCAUAGAGUUUCCUUUGAUAAUAUAUUAUAUAUACAUAUAUUAUACGGGUUGAAUGAUUUCAAGUGUACCGGAUGGGCUCAAUCUGAAACUACAAGAAAAAAAUAAAACAGAAUUCUUAUAAAUAAUAUAUACUUCAUCAUCCGACACCACCCUGGGACUGUUGGUCGCCCUCCCGAUAGUUGAACAGAACAAGUUGCCAGAUUAGAGGAUUAUCGAGCCCUCCCCCUCUCUUCAGACUUCAGACAACUACUCAGACCUAUAAUAUCCCAUCGCUCAUAACUUCUUCCAACUCGAUGACCUUUUCAUCGGUCCUCAUAAUGCGUGCGUUGUAUGUUGCCAUGUCUGGUCGUCGGGGUUGGCAGCGGAAUCUCUGCCGAAGAUGACACUCUUUGUCCCGCCGUUACGGUAAACGCUGCCAGAGCCAGGAAUAGCGGGGAAUAGGGGUUGUGUUAUAAUUUUACUGUCCAUCACAAAGUUUUACCCAGUACUGACCAGACAUCAAGUGAGCCGCAGUGAUUCGCUGUAUGCAGGCGGCUCAGGAUCGUGAUGUUUGAGAGUCCCUACAAUAGGCCUGCAGUGGAUGUCCAUCGGCUGAUAUGAUGAUGAUGAUGAUGAUUAUUCUAUUAUUGUUGUUAUUGUUAUACAAAAUACAUAUUGAAAUUAAUUAGUCGAUAGGCUUAUGUGAAAUUAUAGUCUGUAUUUUCACACAAUCAGUAUUCACAUGUUGAAGAGCAAUAAUUUGUUCUUUCAAACUGACCAGCCUCCAUUAAAACAUAAUAAAGAUUUCUGUUUUGAAAUAUUUUGUGAUGCAAUUUUGAUGAAAAUUAGCCUCGCGACUACAUAAUAUAUAUUUGCUUUAGUUUCGCAUUGAUCCUAUCAGACACACUUGAAAUAUUCACGCUGUAUAUAUAUUGUGGUCUGUGACCUACAAAUAGGCGUUAUAAGCGCUAGUAGUAACAUAUAUAAAACAUAAAUAGGUAUUGAUAUUUAAAAAUCUUCAUAAAUGAAUUAUUGUAAUAAGUUUGUGAUCUGAUUCAAGAAAGAAGUCAGUACGAUUAACUUGAAUUUCCAUGUACAAUCAAAUAUAUAUUGCUUUAGUUGUUGCAGUGUAACUAAACUAUAUCGGCGACGUCGCUAGACGCUUGGUCAUCCGUUCGAGCAUUAUAAUAACCAUUUACAUUUAAAUAAAAAAGGCUGAAGCAAAUUUUUCAGUGAUACUGUCUAGUCUGUCUUGGUACAGUGCAGAAGAAUUGAAUACUAGCACGAACAAGCCAUUCGUUAGCGACGUCAAUAUCAUUUGAGUAAUUAAGUCCUUAUAUAGGACAAAUUAGAACAGUAAAGGCUGGCGACGGGCGGCUGGUAGCAAUACAAGGCGUUGCUCGCCUUUGGUACAAAACAUGGACCGAGAGCGUUGCGAUAGCCAGACAUACCUCAUUUUAUGAAGGCUGUGAGUUUGUUAGCCCAAAGAUUUUUUACUUUGACAUAUGUUACUAGCACGUCGAAGCUGAGGCGAACAAGGGUAACUAAUUGUCUUCAUUUUAUUUAAUCGCAUAGUAAAGAACGAAAUAUAUUUAUAAAUUAACAAUGCCUAAAUAUUGUCUACAAAUCGAGUUGUGUGUUCAGGAAGUGUAAAAACUAUAUAUACAUUAUAUAUGAAUAUAUACAUUAUAUAUGAAUAUAUAAUGUAAUGUAAUGUAAGUAAAUGCAAGUGUGAUGUGUGCGCUCAGUGGUGAUUUUGAAGGGACGCAACAUAUCUAAUAGUAAUAAUAAAAUUCUUGUUGUUAGCCCUGGCCCCACAGGCAGGCAGCCGGUUUUAAGGGCCCAAAUCUUCAACAGUCCAAUUAAUAAUAUAAAACUUAUUUUUGUGAGAAAUCAUGUCCCAAAUCGCCGGUCACUUAGCUUCACGGCAACCCUACGAAAAUCACUGUUAAAGUUUUUUUUAUUUAAGCUUUAGUGAAGGGUUGCCACGACUAGAAACGGUGACUAGAAAAAUGAUUCUGCGUUUUAUUCUUGGACAAUUGAAGAUCUGGACCCUUGCAACUUAAGCCACCACGGUCCAAACUUGUGGUAAAAGCAUGGGUUGACUAAUUUUGAGCUCUUAUAAAAUGAGGUUUGUCUGGCCAUGGUAGGCUGUUUGUAUGACGUGUUGGUUUUCUUUACAUAAAGCGCCACCUCGUUCGCUAGUCUUCACUAGUUAUGUUUAAAUACAGGCUAGAGCCUAUAGAUGCAUUUUCCUACGCUAUUAUAUUGUAAUAAUAUUUGUUGCUUGAAGAGUUUUGUUUUAAAUCCUUAUCUUUUUGGUUUUAUCCUUAUUUUUAGCUUAUCUUAUAUGAAAUAAAAUGUUUUUGUGGUA